CCCUCCGCCAUCAUGGAACAUCAACCGUCCUCUCUCGAGUCUGAGCGGGAGAACUCACUCUUCCUGAAGCUCGUAUACUGGCACAAGCUUUUCGAAUCUGAUACCCCUCCACGGCUGGGUAUCGACGUCGAGAAGCGCAUACCAUACGCUACAAUGUGUGCAUUCAUACCGGGGUUAGCUUUGGGGUACGUCCAUGGCAGUAAGAAAGCUGGCCUGCUGUUCCGGGCAGAGAACGCACAUCGAUUCCCAACAACCUCGACCGGCUGGUUCCAGUAUCAUAAGACCAAGAACUAUAUCUCCAUCGUUGGUGGCGUGAAGGAUGGGUUAAAAAUGGGAGCUAAGCUUGGUGUUGGGGCUCUGGCCUUUUCCUUAUUCGAGGAAACCGUGGACUAUGCUAGGCAUGAGGAGAGAGACUUUUUGUCCACAGUUACUGCCGGCUUAUCGUUCUCUGGUAUUUACAGCUUACUAGCUCGUCAUGACGUUUAUACUGCUGCUCGAACCGCAAAAUUCGGAUUGAAGCUGAGUCUGACCUACGGCUUAUUGCAAGAUGUUUUGGAAACAGCGAAAGGGAAUCGCCCGAAAUACUUGGAUUUUUUCUUUGGCAAACGGCAAUCUAAAACAGAGGAUCAGGGUACUAUCUGAUUGGGGUCUGGCAUUGUUCAGUUUAUGAAUGCCCUCUUCUGAUUGACACACUGUCGGUCGCUCAUCCAGAGCCAUUAGAGCUCCGCCGG